AGUGAGUGUUUUGCUGGCGAUAGGGAAUGUCUUGUGAAUUGAAUAAUUCUAGCAAGGCGGAGCAGCAGCAGCAACGUCGGAUUAGCACUGACGAUAAAUUGAGAUUAUCGCAAAAGCAUAAAAAGCGCGAACGAACGAUAGACGCAAUGACGAAUACGAUCGAAAAUUUUAGCGAUACGGAAAUUAGUGGUUGGCUACAAAAAUGGACAAAUUACGUCAAGGGCUAUCAACAGCGUUGGUUUGUGUUAUCCAACGGAGUGAUUUGUUACUACCUCAAUCCAACGGAAGUUAAACAAAACAGUCGCGGCUCAUUAGCACUAAAAGAUGCAACAAUAGAGCACGUGGAUGCUACAACAUUCGCCAUAACAGAUGUCAACAAGCAGACUUAUCGCCUUAAGGCUGAGACUCCUCAAGAACUUCAGAGUUGGCUCAAAGCUUUGGAGCAAACCAUGCACAGCACACCGCCCAAACCCACUGGCAACAGCAGGCAACGCCGCACAUGUGUGCCGGACAAGCCCAACUAUCCACUUAAUCUGUGGUCCAUAAUGAAGAAUUGCAUUGGCAAAGAUCUGUCCAAGAUACCAAUGCCAGUGAACUUUAACGAGCCGCUCUCUAUGCUGCAGCGCCUGGUGGAGGAUUACGAGUACGCUGAUAUACUGGACACUGCUGCCAACUGCACAGAUGAAUGCGAACAGCUGGCCUAUCUGGCUGCCUUCUCUGUUUCUGCCUAUGCCACAACGACAAAUCGCGCUGCCAAGCCCUUCAACCCGCUGCUUGGUGAAACGUAUGAAUGUGAUCGUCGUGAUGAUCUAGGCUGGCGCUGCAUAUCAGAGCAAGUAUCACAUCACCCGCCCAUUGCUGCGCUACACUGCGAGGGACGCAAGUGGUUAUGUUGGCAAGAUUUUUCCAUGACAAGCAAGUUUCGCGGCAAAUACUUUCAGAUAAAUCCACUGGGCAGCGCGCAUAUUGAAUUUCCCGCGACUGGACAUCAUUAUUCUUGGCACAAGGUAACCACCACAGUGCAUAAUAUAAUUGUGGGCAAACUCUGGGUAGAUCAGCAUGGCGAGACGGUUAUAAAAGGCUCUCAAGCAGCCGAGGGUAUCAAGUGCGUGCUAAACUACUAUCCACACUCCUACUUCAGUCGCGAGCAGCAGCGCUGCGUCAAGGGCAAAGUCAUCAAUCGACGCAAUGAAGUAAAGUGGCUGCUGCGCGGCACUUGGGAUGACAAAAUAGAAAUUGCGCCUGUGCUGGCUACCAGUGGACCAGCAGAUAAUCCCAGCUACAGCACUGGCGAGUAUAAAAUAGGCUGGCAGCGUCGUAUGCCGCCAGCAGGCGCUGAAAGGUUUUACAACCUGACCACACUGGCUUGUCAGCUGAAUGAGCCCGAAGAGGGUGUGGCGCCCACAGAUUCACGCAUGCGUCCCGAUCAGCGUUUGAUGGAGAAUGGUGCUUGGGAUGAAAGCAAUGAUGAAAAGUUACGCUUGGAGGAGAAACAGCGACGUGUGCGCAAAGAACGUGAGCAGGCUGCUGCCAAGGGCAGACCUUUUCCACCUUAUGAGCCCAAGUGGUUCAAGCUCGAGAAGCAGCAAGGCAGCGAGGAGUCGAUGCAUGUUUAUCAAAACAAAUAUUGGCAGGCUAAGGAGGCACAAGACUGGCGCGGCUGUCCAGAUAUAUUUUAAAAUUAUAAGCGAAAUAUUACUGAAACUAAUUGUGAUUUGAUUAUGAUUUGCAAUCAGAUCAUAAACAAUUUCAGGCAUAUGUCAUUUUAGCAC